AAACCAUUAAAAAUAUAAGGGAAAUUCUCUGUGGAUCAUAAAAUACACUUCCCAUGCCAUCCCAGUGAUUGAAUGAAGUUGUGCCUGAAUAAAAUGGUGACUUUUAAUGGAAUUUCAGAAAAAAAAAAGGCAAAGAUUUUAGAAAGGCACCUCCAAUUUAUUAAAAUGCAGCUCCCUCACAUUACUUACUGCACAAAUGAAACUCUGCUUGUGACUGUAACUCACUGUAAUGACUUUUCUGACUUGACUUUUGAGCGCUUCCAUUUUUUAAUUGGGACAUUUGCCUGAGAAACAGCCGAUCCACAGACACAUUUUCUUUUUAUGAUACUGUAUUCUAAACCAACGGCAGUUGUUUCGUUGUUGCGGUUUUUUCUUUUCCUUAAUGUAUUUUAACAAGUAAUAAACAGAGUUUGGGAGCCUGACGGCAACUGAACCAUCAGCUCUGGGCACGCACCCCAAGAGGAGACCCAGGCUCGGAUGAGGACGCCAGCAAAAAAGCAGUCCGGUUAUUGCUCUUCAGUCGAGUACUUCGCAGUUCCUUCUAGAGCGCGUCUGGGAUCUUGAGAGGAGCGGGAGGCGCACGUACGGAGCGCCGCCGAGACCAAGUUGUACAGACAAGCUCCGUGCCGGAGGCGGAUGAUGGCGAGCGGACAGCGGGCGCGGAGGCGAGGGGCCGCGGCGCGCUGCGGCCGGUCGGGCGGGCGGCAGGCGGGGCCUCCCGCUGGGGGCGGAGCGGUGCGCGGCCGCGGAGGCGGGGGCCGGGCCCGCGGGUGCAGCUGCGGUCGGGCCGCUCGUCGCCGGGGAGGGGAGAGGCGAGGCGAGGCGAGGCGGGCUGGGUCGUGCCGGCGCGCCUCCUCCGUGCCGCCGCCCGUGCAGGGGCUGAGCCCGGGCCGCGACGGGAACACGCCGGGCGCUCCCCAGGCGCGGGGAGAGAGGAGGCUCGUCCCUGCCGCCUCGCCGGCCCUUCCUGCGAGCUCCGAGAGCAGGCUUGUCAGUGUGAUGGGUCUCCGAGGGGAGCCCGGCGUCGGUUCCUCGCUGGCGGACAGCGGGAGCCCCCACUCAGCACAGGGCAUCGGGUGGCUUUGGCUUUUUGGGAAGGAGCCCUGACCCGGCCCCGCGGCGUGCGAUGGAUUGAGGCGUGCCCGGCUGCGCCCCGAGCCCGGCCCCCGCCCGCAGCCCAUAGAUGCGAUGGAAAAUCGGGGGCUCUUCUGCACCCUCUGUUACCUGAUGUUCAACGCGCCUCUUCUCUUCAUCGUCACCGCUACCUUUACUGAAGUUCCCAAAGAUGUGACUGUUAGGGAGGGAGAUGAUAUUGAGAUGCCUUGUGCUUUCCGAGCCAGCGGAUCCACCUCUUACUCCUUGGAAAUCCAGUGGUGGUACCUUAAAGAACCAGCCAGAGAACUUGCACACGAAUUAGCCAUCAGUGUACCCGGCAGCAGGAGCAAGGUAACAAAUAAGGAUGCAACCAAAAUCAGCACGGUCCGCGUCCAGGGCAACGACAUCUCGCACCGGCUGCGGCUCUCGGGCGUGCGGCGGCAGGACGAGGGCGUCUACCAGUGCCGCGUGGCGGACUACAGCGACGACGAGACGCAGGAGCACAAGGCCCAGGCGCUGCUGCGCGUCCUCUCCCGCUUCGCGCCGCCCGACGUGCAGGCGGCCGAGGCGGUCUCGCACAUCCAGAGCGGCGCGGCCCCGCGCCGCCACGGCACCGCCGCCCGGCCCACGCCGCCGCCUGCCCCCAGCGCCCCCCGCCCCCCCCCCCCCGCCGCCGCCCCCCGGCGGUGGGGCCGCCACCACCCCUCGCCUCGUCUUCCUCCUCCGCCUCCUCGCCUCUCCUCCUCCCCCGGUCCUCCGCCCUCCUCCCCCUCAGGUCUUUUCUGCGCUUCGCGGCGGCGCGCCCCCUCUCCCCCGCCCGCCUCUCUCCCCUCCCGCCGCGCGUUUUCCGGGGCACCCUCUACCCCCUCGUCGCGGCCGGGAGCGGCGCUGGGACGAGCGCUCGGGCUAAAAUCUUCUAUAUUGGAAAAGAUAAAGAAUAAAAUCUCCUUCUCUCCCUUGUCUCUUUCUUUUCUAGGUACAGGACCUAUUUAUGCUACAGACCCACUCCUAUAUAUGUCCCUGUUAAUACUGCAUAAGCUUAUACAUUUAUUAGUAAACCACUGACGGACUACUUCUUCCACUCCUCCUCAGCCAAACAAAAAGGAACCUAUUUAAAAACAGAACAAACCCCUGACAAAAAAAUACCUACACUUUUAAAGAUGGACAGAAAGAGACUGAAAGAAGCAUGAUAAAUUCUACGUGGGGGGAAAAACAUAUUUUUGGGGAUGCCACAGAAAGUAAACCACAUAGAAUAAUGCAUCUAGUUUCCAGACUAUGGUGUAAAGCCCUGCUCUGUGCAUGGCACUUAUGAUUUCUUUAUUUUAAUGUAAUAUUUUUUCUUUUCUAAACCUUUCCUCUGACUCUUCAUUUUGCACGAACUGUUGAGCAGUUAUCUUUAUGACAAUAUGUAAAGAUGUUGGGUCAAAGCCCUUCCUAAGAAAGGAAAUAUUUUUAGUAGAUUAUUGUGUUUAGGUUUUUUGGAUUUCCUUUUUCUUUUUUUUUUUUUUUUUUUUAAUUAAAUUAUUUCUUUUGGAGACAUUUUAAUUAAAAAGGUAGAUCUUACCAUAAUUAAUAUUCACUGUCAAUAAUAUUUAUUUUUAAAGGAAGAUUGGAAACAAGGUAAGACAUUUGUUUAUAAACUGUAUUGUAUAUUGCUGAAUAACAGUUGAAUAAAAAGAUUUUGAAAUAAAGUUUUUACAGA